GGACUUGAUCUAUUCUUAUUGUCUGUGGAUGAAGGCAUUACUGGAUACAGAGAUGAUUCCCUUGAAACUGUCAAAAGAAACGAAAUCCAGUAUGGACUUGCAUUGAAAGUUGUUUCCUACAAGGAUUUGUACGGAUGGACAAUGGAUGAAAUAGUAAAGCUAAUAGGCCUGAAGAACAACUGCACUUUUUGUGGUGUUUUUCGUCGUCAGGCCCUUGACCGAGGUGCUGCUUUGCUGAAAGUAGACAAGCUAGUGACCGGCCAUAAUGCAGAUGAUAUAGCAGAAACCGUUCUUUUGAAUAUUUUGCGUGGUGAUAUUGCCAGGUAACAGGCUUUUUUAAGUGCCCGUUUGGCAACAACUUUAGCAUUUGUAUAUGCUAUCGAACGG